CUACAAUCGCGCUCGCUCCACUUGUUGUUCCUCCAACACUGAACACGCUGCUGUUGUUUGUUGUUGCGACCACGACCAACAGCUUCCCAUUUUUCAUUCGACCGCUCUCCUCUCUCUCUCUCUCACCAAGACGACGACGACGACAACGACGACGCCGCCGAGGAUGAUGAAGAUGAGCACCUCCAUGCUGGUGGCAGUUGCCUCCGUGCUGGUGCUGGCAAGCGCUGCGUUUGCAGCCGUUCCAGCAGACCGCGUCAAGUCCCUUCCCGGCUGGUCCUCGGAUUUUCCAAGCGAUUUCUACUCUGGCUACCUUGAUGUUGGGCAUGGAAAGCACCUGCACUACUUCUUGGUUGAGAGCGAGCGCGACCCUGCCAACGACCCUGUGCUGUUCUGGUUCAACGGCGGUCCAGGCUGCAGCUCCCUCGACGGCUUCUUCUACGAGCUCGGCCCGCUCCACAUCACCGAGCCCGUUCAGCCCAACAACCCAAAGCUCUACCUCAACCCCCACCGUUGGACAAAGAACGCCACCGUUGUGUUCCUUGAGGCGCCAGCAGGUGUUGGCUUCUCCUACGCCGAUACCAAGCAGGGUCUCGUCACCAACGACACCCAGGUGUGUGUGUGGGUGUGGGUGAGAGAGAGAGAGAGAGAGUGUGUGUGUGUGUGUGUGUGUGUGUGUGUGUGUGCCUAUGUGCCCAUGCUUGCGCUGCAGGUGCUUGAGCACAACAAGCGGGCAGACUCAACCGUCAUCAACCUCAAGGGCAUCAUGGUCGGCAACGGCGUGAUUGGUGCCGGCGCCCUUGAUGACGCCACGUCCCAGCGCGUGUACACGGAGUUUUACCGCGGGCACGCCCUCGUGUCGUCCACGCUGUACAACACCAUCGUCAAGGCCUGCGACGACUUCAACAACGUGUCUGCCCCUGCCUGCAAGCAAGCCCUCAACCGCAUGCAUGAUGCAAUCGGCGGCGUCAACAUCUACGACGUGUACGAGCCGUGCAUCAACUCUGGCUUCCCACCAAGCAGCAGCAACACCCUCUCCGCAGCCAACACCACCACCACCACGCCUCGUCGCUUCUCCAAGCGCCCGCUGAUGGCGUUUGAGGACGCAACUGCGCUGACGGGCCCGAAGGAGUGCAUCAACGCCGGCGCCGCCACCGCGUACCUCAACAUGGCCAGCGUACGCGAGGCCAUGCACGUGAAGAGUGAGAAGGACAUUGGCAAGUGGGAGAUUUGCAGCGACAAGAUUGACUACAGCGUGACGCAGGGCUCGCUCAUGCCGGCCUACAAGCACUUCCUCAUCCCCAACAUCCGCGUGCUCAUCUUCAACGGUGACGUGGAUGCGUGCGUGCCCUUCACCCACAACGAGUGGUGGACCUCCAACAUCAACAUGACCGUCUCCGCCCCCUGGCACCCGUGGACCGUCGACAACCAGGUUGCCGGCUACGUCGUGGAGUACGGCUCCAACUUCCAGUUUGCCACCGUCAAGGGCAGCGGGCACAUGGUGCCUCAGUACCGUCCGGCACAGGCCGAGGCAAUGCUCCACCGCUUCAUCAACAACAAGCCCCUCUAAACACACACACACACAGACACCCGUCUCGCAGUGAAACGAUCUGCAGGUUGCGUCAUGUGAAGUGCAUGUGUGUUUUGUGUGUGUGUGUGUGUGUGUGUGUGUGUGUGUGUGUGUGUGAUGAACAGCGUGAUCAUUGUCUUCACCCACAACGCCACGUCAUGUCAGUGCUGUUUCCUUCUCGAAGCAUUUGUGUGCAAUGUAUUGUGAGGAGACACAGUAACACAGUGGCAGUUGCCGUGGUGACGCACAGUAAAACGUGUGAAGCGACAA